AUGUACAUGGCAACAGUCGCGUCUUUGAGGGAUUGCAUUACACAUCGGGUGGAUAUCGCCAAGAUUAGAUUAGAUAAACCGGAUGAGCUGCCCGACGCGGAUGGCCUUUUCACCGCGACAAACGCUCCGGGCCCUGCGAUGGCUCACGCUGUCGAUGGAGCAUAUCUGCCAGUUUACCAUUAUUGCCACAGCCUCAAGUUCGGCGUUGAUUCUGGUAGCUUCGUGCCUGUGUAG